GCAGGCCUAUACCAGGACCUCUUCGCGAUGCUGCAUCGUUCAGCGGCCUGGCGUGGACUGGCGGAUUGUUUUUGCGCGGCGGCGAUCGUGAAAUUCGGGCGUGAGGCAUGUCGCAUUUGUGACGAUUGACGAUUACGCGGUAGACAGAGUGGACGCCCCGGCUCCGGGAUGUGCGACAAUUUUUGGGAGCCCCUAGCCGAGAUCUACAUCGCGGAUCGCGAGUCCACCGAUCCCGAUGAUUACAUUUACUGUCUUUGUAGCCGAAUAUUUAUCCGGAACCCUGAGGUUUAUACCGUCUUAGCUUCCGAAGAUGCCAGCGACGGGGAAGAUGCCGAUGGGGAUUACGUGGGAGAGAUGCUAGAUCUUUGCAAGGGAUCCGGAGUAGAGACACAAUCCAUAGAAAAACACGAUGAAGAACCAGUUAGCUGUUACUGCAGCGCUUCUCACACAGAUAACAAUUAUUCUACGGACGAACAUGACUCUGUACGCGAUUCGGCUCAUUGGCCCACUGCACAUUCCUUGACACAAAAAUUAGGUCUGCACCAGUCGGAUUCUGGCGCAGACUUAUCCGAAUAUCACGAUCAGCACGAGGCAAAAAGUAUACAGAAUCUUGUAGCAUCGUAUGGAAGAACUUUUCAAACUAUAGAAACGGAGGUUGAAAACAAAUACGAAAAUGUAGAUAUGACUGAGUAUAAACAUGUAUCAGAUGAUAAGGAAUCAGUGGUACAAAAUUUAUCAGACAGUACCACUAUAGUAAAUACCGAAGGACACAACAAAGAUCUCAUUACACAAUAUGAUUAUAACUCUUACGCUUAUCCCUAUUCUGCAGAUUAUGGCAGUAAUAAGAGUGCAAUGGACAUAGCGUGGGCCAAGUUUUGGGCUAAACACGGAGAGCAACUAAUCUGGGCAUCCUGGAUCGAAAAAUAUGCGGAUUAUAUCAAUCCUGAUUAUUUUCAAAAUAAUACACGCACAACAGAAGACGAAAAGUCGCAGGAUGCGGAGAUUAAUGAAGUAGCCAUAGAAAGAUAUUUUGAGCAAAAUACGUGUUUCCCAUCUCAAGCGCAUAAGAAUUGCGCACUUGCACGUUCUAACUUUGCAGGAAUUUUCAAUAAGAGUUGUUCGAGCGACAGCGAACUAAAGCCAGCAGCAAUAUCUUCUUCGAAUACUAGCUUCUCGUUCGAACAAGCGACUAGGCAAGAAGUUAAUAACAAAGAUGCAGACGAAAAUAGGAAGAAAAUUCUGAGUUUCGAGAUAUCGCUGGAAGAAGGCGAUGGUUGGAAUCCCUUAAGCCCAAUUAGUAUAGAAGAAAAUUAUAAUCAUCCUUCUAAUGCAGAAGAUGAGAGGCUAUUAAUGAGAUGUGAUUCCGUUAAUGGCUCAAUAACGAAAACGAACGCAACCUCAGAUUCCAUGACUAAUGUUACCAAAAUGACGUUAACUAGUUCCAGUUGCGAUUCCAAUUCCGCUCAUUCGUCUAGUCUCUUCACUUCCGUUACAAGUUCCAUAGAAAGCAGCAUGACUAGUAGUAGCUCCGAGCAGGAGAACGAAUUUUCAGUGGAGGAUAAUGACAAAUAUUGGCAGCAUCUGUGGAAGGAGCAUUUUGAGACGCAAUAUCAAAGGCAGUACGAAUUGUUCAUAGUAAAUUAUAAAAAGGAGCACAAUAUAGACCAUAAUCAAUUAUAUUUUAACGCGUUGAAUGAAUCGUGUGAUGGUCCGAUUAUACUUCGACAAGACGAGGAGGUGCAACGUCAAGAGGAUAGACACAGCGAAGAGUUUUUAAAGAUUAAUACCCGUGAAGAUCAAAGAGACGAGAGUAUAGAUACUGUACAAAUUGAUUUAACUACACCAAGUAAAGUAAAUUCUGGAAAUAGAAACUCGCGGAAGGGCAGCGCAUCGCAUUCAAAAUCCAAGUUGAAGACAAAGAGGCUGAUUAUGGAUUCAGUGGGCGUGCUUAUGAAGAAUUUAACGAUAAAAGUGGAAGAAAAUAAGUCGAUUGAUAUUGAUGAGGAAGGAGAAAUGUACGAAGAGUCACAACAAACUUAUGCUCAAGAUCCGAUGGUUACUGAAACCAAAAUCGAAACAAUGGCUUCCAGUAGCAAUUUCGACAAUAGUCAUCAACAGAAGUCUUCUGAUGGAGGAGACGAAUUUCAUGAAGAGGUUCAAGAAACUCACAAACGAAGUUACGAAGCUGAUUGUGACGAUAAUGAAGAUGGUUUAGAAACCGUGAAAAAAGCCUUUUCAUUAAUGGGUUACGCCAAUUUAAUCGAGGAUGAAAGCCAAAGAAAAUUGCAAGGUGAAGUUGUUUAUCGGAAACGUAAUAUCAGACGGCAAAGUUUUCAAUUGAUGGCGGAACUUAAACGGCUGAAAACUAAGUAUAGAUCCACUCUCGAUGAUGCAGAAACAAUCGUCAGAUAUACAAAUAAGGCAAACAAGUAUUUAUCUUGUGACCCAGCAUCAAUAUCAGCGGAAGCUGAUUUACACACUAACGACAAAGGUUCCUACGCAAAGGCGCAAGCUGCAUUCACGUCGAGUUCUGAUGAUGAAGAUAGCGUAAAAAUGAUGCAAAGGAAAAAGAGAAGGAAGCAGUUUAAAAGGUUAAAUAAAAUCCUACCGAAGGAGAUAGCUAAUGACUAUAAACUAUGGAAAUAUUACAUCAAACGAUUUGGCCUCUUCAGCAGAUAUGAAGAUGGAAUUAAAUUGGAUCGAGAGAGUUGGUUUUCUGUGACACCGGAAGAAAUAGCAAAGGAUAUAGCAGAAAGGUGUAGGUGCGACACAAUCAUUGAUGCAUUUUGUGGGGCAGGCAGUAAUUCCAUACAGUUUGCAUUUACAUGUGAGAAAGUGAUUGCCAUAGACAUCGAUCCCAAUAAAAUUAAGAUUGCUCGGCAUAAUGCAGGAAUUUAUGGUGUGGACGAUAGGAUAGAAUUUAUUACUGGAGACUUCCUGCAAUUAGCACCACAGUUGAUUGCGGACGUCGUGUUUUUAAGUCCGCCAUGGGGUGGUCCUGACUAUAUAAAGAGAAGAGUGUUUGAUCUCGAAAGUAUUAUAUCUCCCGUUGGUGGAAGAAGUGUAUUCGAAGCAGCAAGAAGAAUCACACAACAUGUGGCCUAUUAUCUCCCUAGAAAUUCAGACCCUUUGCAGAUUAUCAUGUUAGCUGAAAAGUAUGAUAAAGUGGAAAUUCAGCAGAACAUGUUCAAUGGAAAGUUUACUGCUUGUACAGCUUACUUCGGUGAAUUGGCCAAGACGUAAUUUACGUGAAGAAAUGAGAGAUAUUUUAGUUGUCAUUUUUUUUUUUUUUCCAGUUAUUUUUACUUGUCAGAACCAAAAUCGUGAUACAAUUCUCUUCAGUUCUCUCCAGUAUUUUAACUAUACUGUAAGAUAUACUUGGAAGGAUAAUGUAAUUUAUAUUUUACAACUUCCAAAUUCUAUUAACUUACAUUUUUUAUGUACGUU